CUCUGGCACACGAGGCUGAGUGAAUACAUCACCCACCAGUUUAUAAGUCAUCCCUUCGCAGAGAGAGAAGAGGCAGAGGAGGAGGAGAAACGAUGAAGCAGAAGGAAGACGAGAAAGACGGAGCAGAAGAACAAAAAACAAGAUAGAGGGGAACGUAAAGGGGAAGGUUUUCUGGAUCAGCAGAACAUUUUUCUCCUGUUUGGAGUUGGGAGGCCCUGCAGCUGUAAGAAUGUGGAUAGAAACCAAAACGGAGGUGGAGGAGGCCAGCAGGAGUCGGGCCGGUUUCAGUCGGCGCGUGCUGGAUGGUCUGAUGUUGUGCACUGGAGACAUGGAGCACUUGGAUACAUACAUCCAGGAAAAGUGGUUUGUGCUGCAGCUGGCUGUGUGGGGGCUGAGAGGGGUGGCCAGAGUGAUUCUGGCCAACAACCCGCUGAGCGGAGCUCUGAUCCUGGCUGCCCUGUACUGGGCCUCCCCCUGGCAGGGCCUGCUGGGAACUCUGGGUGUACUGGCCUCAACGCUCACAGCUGUCAUCGUUGGACAGGACAGUGGCGACGUGGCGGGAGGUCUCCACGGAUUCAACGGCAUGUUGGUGGCUCUUCUGAUGGGAGUGUUCAGCUCAGCGGGAGACUGGUACUGGUGGCUGCUGCUGCCUGUCUGUCUGGGCUCAGCUGCAUGUGUCUUUCUGUCCAGUGGGCUCACAACGUUACUGGACCACUGGGACUUGCCUGCUGCCGUGUUUCCCUUCAACAUCAUUAUCGUCCUUUACCUCCUGUGCACUGGAACGAACAGCCCUUAUUUUCCUCACGACCCAGUAACACCACCGGGGGCAGUAGAGCCUAAUGACACAGCGCUUAUAGCAGUCGAGGUGAUCCGCGGCAUCCCUCUCGGUGUGGGUCAGAUCUACGCUACCGGGGCCCUCGGACCCUCUCUCCUCAUCCUGGGGGCCGUGGUUCUCUACUCCCCGCUGCUGGGCAUCCACGCUGUGCUGGGAUCAGCAGUGGGAACGUUGGCCGGUUUAUCCAUGGCAGUGCGUCAUGACUCGCUUUACUCCGGCCUGUCAGGCUUCAAUGGUGCUUUGGGCUGCAUGGCUGUUGGAGGACUCUUCUUCACCUUCAGCUGGAGGACCCACCUCUUUGCCAUCGCUAGCGCGUUUCUCUCCGCGUACUCAGACAUCGCUUUGAGCAACUUGCUAGGAACUGUGGGUCUCCCAGCAUGCAGUUGGGCAGCUACUCUAAUAGCCACACUUAUGUUGCUGUUGACCGGAAGCUUAGCCGGAUACCGCAUCCCCAUUGGUCAAGUCAAGGCCCCUGAAUGCAACCUGCGCUCCAGAAGCCAAUGGGAAGCCGGAAACACGGAAGAGAGGGAGAGCACGGAUGUGUAGCGGAAAGUUACACCAACUGGACCAAACAGGUUUUUCUGUGUAAUAUUUUUCAUCAUCUGGAGAUAAAGAAGAGGCAUCACAAGUCAGAAGGAAAAAUUCAUUUAAUAAACAUGAAAACAAGUUGCAUCGUCAUCUUUAAAAUGAAACAUCCUGAAUAUUAUUGUCAAUAAAAACCCAAACUGAAAUCAGCAGUAAUAUUUUUUCUGUUUUUUUUGUUUACCCUGCAUAGAUGUGCUACACAGCACUCCACUAAAAAUUCAUUGUAAACACAAAGUUUAUGUGUGAUGUAACUCUAUGCAGGCAGUCUGUAGCAGUUUGAAACUUGUAAUGGUUUUUAAUGAAGCGAUGCUUAAGCCUGAUGUUGAAAGGCAACCGUUACUUUAAAUACUCAUACAGACAUGAUUGUUGUUACAAUUGCAUUAAAUCAAGUUAAUUCCUUUCUUCUCUUUUCACAGUGCUUCAUGUUGACUGCAACAUUUUUUUUUCACAUCUGUCGACAUAUUGCGUUUUCUAGAACACACUUUCCUAACUUUACACAAAGAUUUUGAAAUGAUUAUCACAGUAAAGAAAAGAACUGUCCCCGCCUCCUUACAGGUGCAAUAAAAAUCUUGCAACAGACACAACCAUCUAUUUUUCUUUUUUUUUUUUUUUUUUUGCUUUACAUCAUGCAAUUCAGUUUUGGUGCUUUAUUUUUGUCUAUGCCUUCUUUGUUCAUUUAUUAUUACAAAGCACCUCACGAGAGACUUUUAAGGAAAAUUGUACAAAAGUGUCUUAAGUCUAUUGAUUGAACAUAAUUGUAAAUAAAAAAGGUUGAAAUAUAAAUGCUUGCACAAGUAGUGUAAAUAAAAAAAAACAUUCAUUGUUCUACAUACUUUCAGUUGAACUGAGUGCGUUUGUGCUUCUUUUUGUUUGUGUGUGUGUGUGUGUGUCAGGGUGUGAACGGUGCAUUGGUGCCUCGUUGGGGUUUAUAAUGAAGGACGGAUGACACAGCUGUCGCACUUUAAUUAUUCACAUGCCCACUCUUGCAUCCGCCUCAAAUGAAUGUCACGCUUUUCACUGAGUGGUUAUGUUUAAGCAUGACUCAGCCAUGUAAGUGAUGUAUAAUAAUAAUAAUGGAAGGUAUCUGUAAAAAAUAAAUAAAAGAGAACCAAGAGUAAAAUGUGUUGGUGUGUGCAUAUAUAUCUAUAUGUUUUUAGCUUUUAUUUUCUGUUUUUCUAAUGAGUUUUAGCAUGCAUACAUUUAAAAUGUCCUCCUCUUACUACAUUUUUUACAACUGCAAUUCCCAAAUAGAUCAUCUUCAUGUGCGUUAAUGCGGGUGAGCGCCAGCCGUUGCAGUUCCCUUUGCAUGUUUUUGUGUGUGUAUACGGUGUAACCCUGCUUGGUAGAAGAGCGACACGAGGUUUUGUUUUUCAUGUAUGUAAACAUUCAUCUUAUCUAGAAAAAUAGUAAACAAAGAACUUGAGGUUGUCAGAUGAUUUCAAUGGGAUAAAUAUAUAUAUAAAGAAACAACUACCAAAGUAAAAAUAAUGAUAAAAUGAGGGGAAAAAAAUCCAUCAUUUACAAAGCAGAGCACAAAAUCAAACGGAUAAAUCUGUUUUAAUCCUGCCUUUAGGAAUUGACAUGAACUGUGUGGCUGCUGCUACAAUUUGCUGAGCAUCGACAUAAACCAGGAGAACAAAUGACCUUUACCUGUACAAAGGGUUAAAACUCGCCUAUAACGUCUUCAUUUACAAAUUAACAGCUUAAAUAUAGUUUAUUAAAUGUACUGACACCAAAUGUCCCACUGAACUACUAAGAUGUAAACAGUCAAGGAUAAAACACCAAGGCUUCUUUUUGUUAGAAUUUAUCAAAAGUAAACAGCAUAUUACUCAUGAAGUGAAACUUCACUCUUAUGCGGAGCAGCCUUCAGUCUGUGGGAUCAACUAAUGUGGAUUUUAGCUAAAUUAAGUGGCUGAAAUUAGUUUUGAAUGUCCAAAACUAUUUCUUCAAAGAAAUAUGAGACAUAGGCUUAUCCAAAUCAGAUCAAAAGCAAGAAGCAAAAGAAAAGAAAAGAAAAAAAUGCUCUGGGAAGUCAAUUUAUCACCAGCUCUGUGUUUCUGCAGGUUGGUGCUAAGCAGGUUUUAAACAAGCAGGUUUCUCUUUUUUUUUUGGAAAAUGUUGUGCUCACUUUCUUUUCAGUGAAACUGAGGAAAGCAGUUCUGCUCAUCCAGGCAGAAAAAGUGGUUGAAACUACACAGAGUCGAGAAACAUAUCAGUAUAUCUGCACCUCAACCUUUUAAGAGUAUUACUGGUUCGGUGCUGCAUUUCCAAGAAUAAACUUACUUUUUAUCUAAUAAAAAUACCUCUAAUAAAAUUCCUUACAUUUUGAGCUACGCCUCCAUUUAAAACACUUGUUGCUUUCCCUGAUUGAAGGUAUUUGUCAAGCAGCUCUUUAAAGGGUUUAAACCCUAGUUUAUAAAAUGCUCAAAAAUCUUGUGGCUCAUGCCUGUUUGAUCUCUUCAUUAAGGUUUUUAAUCAAGCUAAAGAGUUUCUAUAACAUUUUCACCCAUUUUUGUGCGUUAUGCAUGUAAGCCUGUUGUUUUUAGUGACAUGUUUACUGUUAAACCUUCACAACAUGCAAUGCAUUCCAUUAACCUGAAGGCAACCAAAAGGCUCCUGAAUCCCCUUUCAUGCUUCAGUUGAGUUUACCGUUUUGAGAUAAGAGGAAAUUGAGACAGUUACUCGUCAAGCAGGCUGUAGUUGGUAUCAAUAAGUAAAAACAAGUCUAAGCUACCUAGAGAUAUAAUUAUGCUAAAGUAGGGCUGCCCAUGUGGCAUUUUCCUCUCUCAUCUUACAGAUUCUAACCCUUUUUUGAACUCCACAAUUUUUCUUGCUUUGGUUUUCUUUCGGUUUUCUGGUGGAACGUCUUAUUUAUGUCGGCAGAUUUUAAACCAAACGACUUAAAAUAAAACGGUGACCGUUGGCAAAAUAUUUCUGAACGGGGCUGCUGCUUACAUGAAACAUGUCCUAGUCAAAGUAAGAGAGCAAUGUUUUUUUUUUUUUUU